AAUGAUAGGAUUCGGUGAAAGUCAGCGUGUCCCUCGCGGGGUUGUGAGGAGCAGAGGAGAAGUGGGGCGUGGGAGCAUCUGGGCAGUAAAGCCCGCGGGGUGCUCAGUGAGGAGAAUUUGGUCCGUGGGUGGCAUGGCCGUCCUCUGAGCGCUGGUGUCGCCCCCACCUGACAGCGGAGAAAACCGAGGCUCAGGCAGCUCAAGUGUUUGCCAAACCUCAGCGGACGCCCAGGUUCAAGCCCGGAUGCCAGCCCAGGAGGACCCGCCCGUGCCGGGGAGGGCGAGCAGAAAGCAGGGGUGGGCGACCUGGGGGGAAGUCGGGGCCAUCCGGUGCAAAGUGGGAGCGAGGGAAAGCCGUAUCCGGCCCGCGGGUCAACCGAGGUGUGGAGGGGAUUCCUGGGUCAGGUCCCAGAGCAGCUGCCUGAUGAGAGGCUGAGGUUCGGAGGCCUCACUCACCCAGCUCGGACCACAGCACGCGCCAGAGAUGCUCUGGGGGGUGGGACUGAACACCUGGCCCCGACUUGCCACCUUUGUUCAUUCAUGACAGCUUUUUUACAGCCUUACAUGAUUGAAUUCUUAACUACUGGCCUCGUAUUAGACAGAUUAACUACUAGUACGUAACUACUAGACAGGUGAAAUAGGACCAGAGGCCACAAGGAGUUGACCUGAAGGCACCUCGAGUUCUCCCAGGCUUCCUGCCUUCUUUGUUAUCAGAGAGAGUUGGAGGUUUAGAUUUUACAGAUGACAGAACCUAGCAUAGAACCCAGAGCUUCUGACUCACAGGCUGAUGUUCUUUUCCCAACUGCUCUCUCAUUAUGGAUAAAGAAACUGCGGGAAAAUCUGAACAGAGGGAGCACAAUACUGAAAUAUUUAAUUAUUCACUGGAGGUGUGAAACAGGAAGAAUAUCAAAGGGAGCAUUGCUAGAAGGAGAGCUAGUGAUUUCCAUAGAAGCAUUAAAUUCUAAGCACCAGGCAAAUACUCUUCAUUGUGUAACAACUAUUGCUUCUGCAGGAAGCAUUUUUGGCGGUUUGGUCCUCAAGAAGAUCCUAAAAGAAAUACAGUCUAUACUGCCUGGACUCUCUGCAGAGCUGAGCUGGACUUCAGAGGAAACCAGCUAUUCUCAGGACGUGUCAGGGGUAACACCCUUCCAGAUGAUUUUUGAGGUUCAUGAAAAGCCCAGAACUUUGAUGACAGAUAGCCUGGUUAUAAAGAAUUUUUUACGCAAAGUCAUCACUGUGCUCCCCAAGAUUAGAUUUAAUUUUAGUGUAAAGGUGAAUGGAAUCCUCUCCAUGGAGAUCUUUGGGGCAGAGAAUGAACCUACUUUGAACCUGUCAAAUGGAAUUGCGCUUGUCGUAAACCAUCAGCAUUAUGUGAGUACACCAAAAUUUGGUACAACUGAAUUACUCUGCAGCAGAAUCCAUCCCGUGCUAGGACAUCCAGUAAUGCUCUUCAUCCCUGAUGAUGUGGCUAAAAUGGGCUUGUUGGGGGAGCUGAUACUGACUCCAGCUGCUGCUCUCUGUCCUUGCCCAAAGGUCUUUUCCAACCAGCUGAACAGGAUUUCUUCAGCUUCCAUAUUUCUAUAUGGACCUUCAGGUCUGCCUCUGAUAUUGCUAAAUCCGGAGCAGCCAACUUCUACUAUCUUCAAAGAUACCUCUUAUUUCAUUAACUGGAAGAAACACCACUUGUGUAUGGUGCCCAAUUUGGAUUUCAAUUUAGAUAGAGAUUUGGUGCUUCCAGAUGUGAGUUAUCAGGUGGAAUCCAGUGAGGGGGAUCAGACUCAGAAUAUGGACCCCCAGGGACAAACUCUGCUGCUUUUUCUCUUUGUGGACUUCCACAGCGGAUUUCCAGUCCAGAAAAUGGAACUCUGGGGAGUCCACACUUUGCUCACAACUCAUCUCAGUGCCAUUCUCACGGAGAGCCACAGUGUGGUGCAAGAUUCCAUCCAGGUCGCUGUGGACCAGGCCUUGGAGCAGCAUCACCACGCUGUCAAGGCUCAUCAGAAACUACAGGCCUCACUCUCAGUGGCUGUGAAUUCCAUCAUGAGUAUCAUGACUGGAAGCACCAGCAGCAGCUUCCGAAAGACAUGCCUCCAGACGCUUCAAGCAGCUGACACACAGGAAUUUGGGACCAAGCUGCAUAAAUCAUUUCAUGAGAUCACCCAGAACCGAUUUCUUCACCACUGCUCACGUGAGGUGAAGCAGCUGCUCCCAGAGAAAAAUAAUACAGAGCAGAGCACAGAGGAUGCACAUGAGAACAGCAGCCUGGAGCUCCUUGCAGGGACCAGCGGGCAAGUAGAAAACAAGAGUCUCAAAAGAGGCAGCCUCUGCCAAGGAGUGGAGGAGACGCGGGCUUUCCGCUCCCCUCGGGCCCUGAACCCGUCAGAGGCCGCCUUGGGCCGCGCGGAACCCACCGCGGCUCCCCUGACCCCUAGCAGAAACAGGACGGGCCCCAGGAGCGGCCUGGAGGACGCGCUGUGGCUGCAGGAAAUCUCCAAUCUGUCCGAGUGGCUAAGUCCCGGCUCUGCGUCCUGAAUCGGGCCCCCUCCCGCCGCCUCCACGUCUGCCCCACCGCUGCCGGGGCCGCAUGUUGUCUGUAGUUCAAUAAACCUACUCUGCGCGCGCA